AUGAAGCCGACUCACACUCUUGCCUUCCUCGCCCUUUGUGCAGGGCUGUCCCUUGCUGCGCCCGGUGGACCUGGUAUGUUAAACACUGAUUACCACAACAUCGCUUUCGCUAAUAUAUUCACAGGCGCCGAUAGCAACCAACACCUAGACGUCCAUGGCGUGCAUGGACGGGAUGGCAUCUCUGCAUCGGGUGAUAUUAAAGCGCAUGUCGGAAGACGUGAGAUCUUUGAUAGCAACGACGACCUACCUGUGCAUGGUGUGCACGGUAGAGGUCAUGUCUCUGGUUCCGGUGAUGUUGAUGCGCAUGUCGGCAGACGUCAGGACGAUGGUUAUGGUAGCAGCGUAUUGGGUCAUAGCAACGAGCGUCGGAAUGAUAUUGGUGAUGUAAUCGGAGAUGUCGUGCAUGCCAGAGAUAAUAUCUCGGGGUCUGGUAAGGCUGGUGCAUCCUUGUCUGGUGAGGAUCUCAACAGACGUCAGAAGGCGAGUGCGGGGGGUGAAGAGGAUGUAGGUGUGCAUGGUGUGCGUGGUAGGGGUCAUGUUUCUGGCUCUGCUGAUGCUGAUGCGCAUUGA